UAUACAACAAUUGUGGCUGGGAAAGUUGAGGGCUCUAUAUAAAGGUGGGUGUGGGGCUUUUGGGUCAUUACAAGUAGCCAGAGUAAGACUUUGUAUUAGACCUUGUAAUACUAGAGAGUGCUCUACUGAUAUGGGGAGGCAACCAUGCUGUGACAAACUUGGUGUAAAGAAAGGUCCAUGGACAGCUGAGGAAGACAAGAAACUCAUCAACUUCAUUCUCACCAAUGGCCAGUGCUGUUGGCGUGCCGUCCCUAAGCUCGCCGGCCUCAGACGCUGCGGUAAGAGUUGUCGGCUUCGUUGGACAAACUAUCUUCGCCCUGACCUAAAGAGAGGCCUCCUUAGUGAAGCUGAAGAACAAUUGGUCAUUGAUCUUCAUGCGCGUCUUGGCAAUAGGUGGUCCAAGAUUGCAGCCAGAUUACCAGGAAGAACUGAUAACGAGAUUAAGAAUCAUUGGAACACACAUAUCAAGAAAAAGCUUCUGAAGAUGGGAAUUGAUCCUGUGACUCAUGAACCCCUUAAUAAAGAAGCUGUGUCCGAUGAAACCCCAUCCCAUUUGCAACAAUCUGGCAACCAUUGUUUGCAGGAAAAUGAUAGUGUCAUCCACUCAGAGGAAAAUUCAAGCUCACCCACUGAAAAUUGUUCUAGUACUGAUGACCAUGAUUCGCUUUUGUUAGAUAAUAUUUGCAACAAUGAAUCUUUAAUGAGCAGCUUGUGGAUUGACGAAGCUCCCUUAGUGAAUACAUCUUGGGAAAACCAGACAAAUGGAGAAAAUAUUGAUCACCUGCGCUUGCCAUCUUUGGAGGAUAAUUAUUCAUGGUUGUUGGAUUGUCAGGAUUUUGGUAUUCAAGAUUUUGGUUACGAUUGUUUCAGUGAUGCUGAAUUAAACGUAUUAAGCUCAUUAGAGAUGGGAGAAAAGCACUAGAUCGUAGAAUAUAUAUUAUACGUCUCUAGCUAUACCCUACUGGAAAAAUAUCACCAAGAAGACAAGGAAGUUUAAUUACUAAGCUUCUAAUGUGUACAUGUUUCGAAGUACCAUGUCUUUCUCAGUCCAUGUGCUUAGUGUUUAUCUGUUAUGUUCCAGAAUAUUCUUGGAUGGUGGAAAGUGAACCUUGCCUCCUGUGAUGUUCCGCACCAACAAGAUCAAACAGUACGUACAAAAGCAAAUCAUUAAAAUGUGAUAUUAUUUGGUUCCUGAAUGUUUGUACUCGUAUGUUGAAGGUAGGGACACGGGGGACACUGUCCAAAUGUUUAGUGGGAUUCGUAGAUAUGAAUCCUUUUGUAUAUAUGCUGUAUUUUACGUUUAAAAUAAAGGGAAAAGGUCCUUUUGUUUUGUUUAAAA